AUGAUUGGAGAUUUUAUACUAAACGACCACGGAAAUAAGUGAGUAUUUAUUGGUUUUUUUUAGAUUCCGAGCGUAGCGAGAGAGCUUUUGGUUUUACAAUGAUGUCUAUAAUUUUUUUCUUCUUUCUUCUUUGAUCUAACCUGUGGACACGUUUUUUCCUAGUAAACUUGCUCCGAUGUAUAAGUGUAUCAAUUUUUCUGAAAGCUCAAGUUGUCUAGAUAGUACUUUAAAGAGGUCAUUUUUUGAUUUUCGAUUCCAUUUUUUAAAUAGAAGCACCUAAGUGGGAAAAAAACGCAAGAAAACUUUCAAUUUCACGAUUUCAAUAGUUUAUAAAAACAUGGACGACGUUUUCUAUCAGAAAAAAUGAUUUGAUCGAAAAAUCACCAGAUACCUUUUUAGCUGCCUUUUCGAUUUACUUUCUUACGAUAUCAUUGCCAAAACUUUUGAGCUUUUAAGGAAUCUUAAUCUUUGGUAGAUUUUUGCUGUCAUUCGGUUAUAAAUACACGUAGAGAUUUGAAACUUGGUAAUAAUACUUAUAAUGGACGUAUCUAGACGUGGUAAUAUUUCCAAAAUCAUCAGACGACUUUUUUUUCCUUUUAUAUAUUUUUUUACAUUGGUACUUUAUUUUUUUUUUAUAUAUACUGUACACCACUUUUAUCCUAGAAAACUUGCUCCAAAGUAUAAGAGUAGCACCUUUUUUUAAAGUCAAUUUUAUCUACUUGGGAAAUUAAUAAAUAAUUUUUUUGAUUUCCGAAACGAUAUUUAAAACAAACAUGAUUAACUGGGCUAAAAAAAUACGAUUUUUUUACGAUUCCAUUAUUUUAAAUAAGUACCUACCACGUUUUGUAGUACAAAUAUGGCUCAAAUUAAAAAACAACAAGAGACCUUUUUUAUCGAUUUUUUUUAUUAAUGAUCGUUUUGAAAUCAAAUUUAAACGAAAAUCGCAAAUUAAAAUUAUGUAUUGACGAACUGCGCUCGGAAUCGUCUUUCGUCAAGCAAUGGUUUAUCGUUGCUUACAAAUAUAAAUUAAAUAACCUAUUCUAUAUUCUGUAUUCUGUAUUCUACCUUCCCAAAUUUCCACUUACAACAGUGGUUGCACCCGUCCCCAGUAUCAACUCAUUUUUUUUUGCUGGUUGGAAUAGGAAAUUUUUUCAUUGGUCACUUUUUAAAUUAUUAAUACGAUAAGUUAACUGAUAAAUCGUGACCUUCAAUAUUAUAUUAUUUAUUAUAAAUCACGUGGAUAAUAACUAUUAAUAAUAUUAUAGCAGGUAUAUAUUUUUAGUUAAUGGUUAUAUAGCGUAUAAAUUAAUAUAUAUUUAAUAUUAUAUUAUAGUGUGUAAUUAUUGAAUACAAGAGUUGGGUCUUAGCUUCGGGUGUUCCGAGUCGAACUGUGUGGGUUUUAAUAAGAUAUAACCAGUUAUUAUAUCAUAUAAAAAAACCCACCGGACAAAUAUAUAUAUUAGCAUAAUUUCAAACGAAAUUUAGCAAUACAAUCAAAUAUAAUAGAUCACGGAAAAUACAUUUUGUUUGACUUUUGUCUCUAUGUUCAUAUUUUAAAAAAAAAUGUCAAGUGAAAAUAUAAUUGACUUGACUGACCCUAAAUAGUUGGGAUGAAGGCGUAAGAAAAGAAAACGAAAUAGAAUGGAUUUACAAUAAAUACAAAUUAUUAUUACACCUUGUUAUAGACAUACAAGUACAUUAUUAUAAUACUAUUCAGUGUUACUUUAUCAGUUUUGUCAAAUAACGUAUAUAUUUGAAUAUUAGGUAUAUAAUUCUGCCUGUUUAAAAUGAACACCAAUGUUAAUAAAUAUUUAAAAUAAUAAUUCUAUGUUACAAUUUUGUUUGAACCCUUUUAUUAAAAUAUGGGUAUUCAAAAAUAUGAUCAGAUAGUACAAUAUCAAAUAUUAUUACGUAGGUACCUACAAAUUUUGCAGUUUUAAUAGUUUUUGACAUUUGAUAUAUGAUAGAACCGUAAAGAGGACCUAUACAAUUAGUCUUUUUGAUUGGACAAAUAAAAAAUAUUUUUGGAAAAGUAUACAAAUUAUCGAAAUACUUUUAACACAAAUCAUAAACUUCCAAGGUUAAUAAAGAACAAAUUAUUAAUUUUAAUAUCUAUACUAUGCUCAUCCUUUUUGCUAACUUUCAGAUAAAAACAAGUAAUAAAUAAAUAGUCUGUAUAAUUAUAUAUUCAAUACAUUCAUCUAUACAAAUUUUACAAUUAAAAAUAUUUAAUCUUUCACUUCGUUUAACUCACAAAGAUCUGCAGUUACUUCAUUCAUGCAUUUAUUGAAUAUUCUUGUAUUACUCACGGUCACGUAUUUAUGCGUAUCAUUUUCUUUGGAAUUUCUUUUUAGGGAUAUAAUUACAAUCAUUUCAGCGUUAUAAUCAUUUACAAUUUUAAGAAAUCAUAUUCUCUGUAAAAAUAGGUUAUAGGUAGGUGCAUACAAUUUUAUUUGUCGUAUAAGUCUAUUAUAAAAUGUUUUAAAAGUUGAUUAAAUAUUUCACUGUUCGGUAGGGAACAGAGAGACAGAACGAGGAAGUUAAAAUAUAUGAAGCUUUAAUUCAAUACAAAAUUAUGAUACACUAUAGGAUUUGAUUAUUAAUAUGUUAAUAUGUUUUAGAUAUUCAGUGAAGUCGCAUAAAGUUCAAGGUUAAAAUAUGUUUGAGUAUAAUUUUCCCCAUACUUGGAGCAAAAUAGAGAGUGCCAUAAAUACGACUUAAAUAAUAGGAAUAAUAAUAUAUUUUAAUUGAGUGCGAUUAAAUGAAUUACUGUGCAUACUAAUAAAAAAAAGUAAAUGCUUGGAAUCACUAGGAAAAUUAUUACUUCCAAAGACCUAACCUAAUAUUAAAAUACAUGUGCUCUGUAAUUAAUAAUGAAAAUAUGAAAAUGUUGGUUGAAUGUAAUAGUACCAUUGGUAAUGUAAUAAAUUCGCUGUUAUUUAAUGUCCCCGUAGCUACAGAGCUAGUAGAAUGUUAAUCAUUAUUUGUAGUUCUACAUCUAAGAGAUUUGAUAAGUAUUCGACUCUCCUAAUAAACAAAAAAAGAACAAAUAACAGAACUUCAGUAAUUUUUAAACGAAAGAACUCAAAUUGAAUUAAUUAAUUGUAGUCAAAAUUGUAAUGGUGUUAUUGAUCAUACAAUUCUUUCCGAAAUACAUCUAUUUAAUAUUUAUUGAUAUUUUAUACUGUCAACUUAAAUCAUUAUUUUAACAUAAAUUAUAACUAAAAAUUUGAAAUGCAUAUAGUUUCUCUACGCCAACUCUAAUAUUUCAUUUUAAGACAAAAACUAGGAAAUUAAAGCAGUGGUGAUGUUGCUACUAUAGCGAAUAUUAAUGUUAUGUAUGGGACAUCCCUGAGAUCCUAGUAUACAAAUCCAAAACUUAUGAACUUCAGGGUGUUUAUACUACUACAAAACGAGAAUCAAAUUUGAGAAAUUCGAUUGGCCAUUACAAUGCAUACUAAAGAAAAGUUAAAAAAAAAUGAGCCCAUGUGAAUUUUUUUACAAUGUGAAUUUAAUUUUUUUAAACCUAUAUUUUUAUAACAUAAAAUAAGAGUUUUAAAAUGACUUUGGCACAUUUAAGCUCAAUCUUUUCGUUUUCUACACAAGUGCAAUUAAAUGUACACAUAUCAUACGUACAAUUUAAAAAAUGUUUGAUAUAGGUGGUAUUUUUAUGCACCACCUAGGUACAUGUGUAAAAUACAUAUGUGUAUUGUGUAGGUGCAUCAUAAGUAAGAAUAUACAUCGCACGGCGCAAUAAUAACCGAGUUUCUAAAUAAUAAGACAUAAACAUUAAAUUGUUUCUAUUUCGCCCCACGACUCCCACAUUCCGCCGAAAUUAGUUAUAAAAAAUAUUUUUUCCCACGGUUUUUUUUUCAUUUUAUUUUUAAGUAUCAGUGAAUAUAUUUAUAUUAUGUCACAUAUUAUAAUAAAUAUUAAAUAUUAAUUGAAUCAAUAGAUCGUGAAUUCUAAAUUUGUAUUAAUCGUUUGAAUCUAUAUAAUAGGGGUUAGAUUUCGAAAAUAUUUCUUUCGAAUAUAUUUUAGCUAUACGGUUACAAUGGUUGAAGUUUAUUGGUAAAAAAAUUGUAUUAUUUGACGUUACAUAUUUGGUAAUAUAAUUUUUAUAAAAUAUCUUAUACUCAGUACUGGAUUCAGGGUGGAGAAAAAUGUCAUAGAGGAGCACAAAUUAUACCAAAGUAUCUAGUUGGGGAUAAAAAGGUUUAUUAAUUGUUUUUUACACAUAAGAAUGUACAUAUUGUUUUUUUCCCCUCGAUGCCAUAAUUUUUAGAUGCGGUACUGGUUAUACCUGGCCUAUAUAUUUGUGCUUAAAUUUUGCAACAUGUGAAAAUGAAAUGGCCUCUAAAAAUGUUCUGCUUGGUAAUAAGAUAUUUCUGGUUAGUCUAUUAUUCACAUUAUAAUAAUCAUAAUGAUUUAUAAUUUUAUUUUAUUUAAUAUUUUGAUGGUUUAGUGUCACGUACGUACUUAGGUGCAUACUAUUGUUUUUGACUACCUAAUAUACUGCAUGCGAUGAUGACAUUUUAUUACAGCAAUUAUAGCAAUUAUUUAUCAAAAUAACGAACAAAAUUCAUUACACAAUCUACAUGAUAUUUGUUGACAAAUCCAUUAAAAUAUUACCUAUGUAAUAUAAUGCGUGUCACUUGACUCCUUGAAAUAGACGAUAAUAUUAUUAUAAUAUACCGUAUGUCAUCAAUCAAGGCCGUAGCUGGACCAAAUUUUCAAGAGGGGGUUUCAAUUGAAUCAUCUAUUAUCUUUAUUACAAAAACAUAAUGAGCAUUUAAUAUUGAAAAAAAUAUGUAAUACAUUUAGAAACCAUUUUGGGUUGAGUUUGACUCCCUAAAACACCACCCCCUCAAAUACGACCACGUCAUUAAUUAUAUUAUUUGAAUACAAUAUAAUGCUUAAUUUUAUUAUACAUUUUUCUCCAACGCUAUUAUCACGAUUGUGUUUUGUAACGUUAUAUUAUUUUAACAAUAAAGAUACAUAACGAAGUGAUAAUCCAUUAAAAUCGAAUACAUAUAUUAUAUUUUAUGUAUUAUUUUGUAAUUCUUUUAUUUUACAGGUUUUUAAUAAAGUUUUUUUUUACUUUUAUGUCGUUUUUAAAACCGAACGCCAACAUUCUAUAAUACAUUAAACUCUGCAGAGUGCAGUGGUCCUUGUAUUUGUUGAAGGCCGAUUAAACUUAAAAAUCCAUUUAGUUUUAAAUGCAGACUUAAUUUAAAUCAUUAUCAUUUUAUUAUAACAGUAAAAAAAUUUAGCUGAUAUUAAUAUUGCCAUUAGUAUGUGAAAUAAUAAAAUACUUCCCUAUGCCUGUGUUUAUUUAUGAAAUUAUAUAGUAUAAUAUUUUAAUAGUAGUUUGAAGUUACUGAUUGCGAUUAACGCGCUUUAAAAAAAAAAAAAAAAAACGAAUGAUUUUCAGACCACCAGCUUCAAUUAUACCCAAAGCUAGUUACUAUAAAGGUCCUGAAAAUGAAUCGUUGAUAUAUAUGACCGUUGGAAAUCUAAUCGAUCAAAUAGCGGAAAAAUACCCGAACAGAGAAGCUAUAGUGUCUGUACAUCAACAUAAAACAGUUACAUUCUCGGAUCUUAAACAUCAAGUAUGUUUGAUGUAAACAUAAUAUGAUCGAUGAGCUCUAGGUUUAACUAAAAAUGCGUUCUACAUUUAAACAAAGAAAAUACAUAAAUUUAGGUUGACGAGUUGGCGUCCGGUCUUUUAGAGUUGGGAAUAAAACCGGGCGAUCGAUUAUGUCUAAUGGGUUCCAAUUCAGUUGAAUGGGAAAUCACAUUAUUGGCCGCGAUGAAAGCCGGCCUGAUCGUGGUGAGAAUAUUACAAUUUCUUUAAUAUUAUUUGUCAAAACAAAAAAUUAAAUUUGUAUUCAAAUUCUCACAGGUGAACAUAAAUCCAUUGUAUAAGAAACAAGAACUGCACCAUUGUCUCAGUAAAGUCGACGCGAAAAUGCUCAUCGCUCUUGAAUUUCCCCCUCAUACAGACUACUACGAAAUACUUAAAAGUAUAAUUCCGGAAAUCGUUCAGCAACCGUAUGGUAAACCGGUCACCACCAGGCAUUUGCCCAAUUUAGAAUUCAUAGUGAUGAACACGGACGAAGAUCUUCCGUAAGUCUGUUGGAAAUAUACAGUUAGAUUUAUUUCCAACGUACUUACGCAUGAUAUAUUUUUGUUUUUUUGUUAUUUUUUUGUAUAUUCCAGCGGAAUCAUUAAGUAUUGGGAUGUUUGCCAAUCGGGAACGAUAAAAUCAACAGCGUACCUGAAAAAAGUGAACCUUGAACUGAGUCCGCAUGCGAUUUGUAACAUACAAUUUACUUCAGUAAGAAAACCAGUUAUAGUCUUGUUUUGUUCUCUCUCUGUCUCUCUCUCAAAUUUGUAUUAUUAUCAUUAUUGUUGUUAUUUAAAUUAUAUCCUAAAUCACAACAAACGUAGCCGGUAUCAUAAUAUCAUUCGAGUAAACGCAAUGUUUAGAAAUAGCAAUAAUAUAUUUGUAUUAUACUGUACAGGGUACGACUGAUGUACCGAAGGGAGCAUGUUUGACUCAUUAUAAUAUUGUCAAUAAUUCGUAUUUCUACUGCAAAAGGACGUUGCUAUUGGAAAAGGUAAGCCCAAUUUUUGAACAAUUAUAUUAUAAUUAUUUAAAGGGUGUUUAUAUAUUUGCUGUUUCCCAGCCUUUUUGUUGUUGAUGACCCAACGUAAAAAAAAAAAAAAAUAUAACAAUAAAAGUUAAGUACUUAUGUCAUAAUAAAGCAUUUUCCGAAAAUAAAAAAGUAAAUUUCUUAUUCUCGAUUUAAAAUUAUUAUUAAAACCAAAUAGUUACUAUAGAAUAAUUAUAGUUAAUGUUAGUAUUACACUUAUAAGUAUGUACAUUUUACAGUGGCGCAACCUGCGAGGGUGGGGUUAUGGGUUUUUCCCCUCCUUUGAAAUUGUACGAAUUCUAAGUAAUAUGUAUAUAUAGCCGCAUAAUUUGUAUUUCGAUUUCAGAUAUAUCUUUGUAAUUUUAAAUACGUAUAUAAAAAAUACCAAUUUAAAAAAAUAUCUUUGUCUAUUACCGUUAAUUUCCAUAAAUAUAUUUAAAUUUCUAAAAAUACAGUGUGUCUCCCUCGCGGUUACUCCACUGCCUAGCUACUUUAUUAGAAAAUCUAUGUAACACCAAAUUUCUAUACCUAUUAUUUCAUUAAUAAGUAAGAAAUUAAUAAUUAUUUUUACCUAAUAUAAUUAUAUACGAAACAGGAACAUCGAAUACUAUUGCAAGUUCCGUUCUUUCACACUUUCGGGACUGUAAUCGGUAUAAUGGCAAGUCUGAACAGUGGCAGUACUCUGGUACUGCCGACAUUAGGUUAUAAGCCGAUCGAAUCGGUCAAAGCGAUUAUAAACGAAAAGCGAGUACCUAUUUUGUUUUUGUUUUUUUCUUUCGUAAUUAUGAUUACGAAUAUAACUAUUUUUACAGCUGCACGGUUUUAUACGGGACGCCGACAAUGUACAUCGAUCUGAUAAUGACUGCUAAAGAACAUUUUGAUCAAGGGCACACUAUCACUACAGUGGAGUUCAUUUUAUGUGCCGGUGCGCUGUGCUCGCCGAAUUUAUUCAAACAAAUCAAAACGACGUUCAACCCCAAACGACUAGUGGUAAUAAUAAUGUAUAUAUUGGUACAAAAAUAUAUUUUCUGUAAUAACGCCGUAUAGUGGGAAAACGAUAUCUGAACUCAGAUAUUACCUAUACAUUUGAAUAGUAUAUCCCUGUGGCGUACCAAACUAAUGCACCCGGUUUUGGAUUCCAAUCGUUCGUUAUGAUUCUCAAGAUAAACAAAUACGUUAUCAUUAAAUUCGUAAUAUCGUAAUCGGCCGUUUUGGCUUUCGGCCACCUGCAUUCGCUAGUUCAUAUCGGAAUUUCAAUCGAAAAAUAAUUCGAAAACAAAUCCUGAUUUGUUAUGCGAAUCCACGUUGGAUAGGUCACCGGAGAAAAAACUAGAAAAAUGUGUGUCUCAAUCGCCGGAAUCGAACUCAGUAUCGUAGAACAAACAGCCGCCGCAUUACCCACUGAGGCACCGUCAACACAUUUGUAGUAUAAGUAUAGGUACCUAUUUGAAAUACAAUUACAUAUAGGGUGAAGCAUAACAAGCGACCGGGUCUGAAACCGGGUGCAGUAUGUUAAUACACAUCCCGGUGUGUUGCUACGUAACGUAAAAUAAUGCAGGUUUUUCGUCGUUAAUGUCGAAUAACCGUCGUGUAAUCGGCUGCAAGACGCUUAUUAUAUUAUCGCUCGUUUGCGGUAUAUCAAACUCCUCGUGUUAAGACGUAAAAUUAUAAAAUUACGUACAGGUCGCAUUUCACGUGCAUGUAAAAAGUUCAAUACGCGGUUUCGUAACGCGUAUUAUAAUAUACGUAUACAAAAACACAAUAAUAGGAUUAUUAUUAACUAGACGAACUAGAUGAAAUAUUUUACGUCACAUUCGUAUAGUUACACGUAUUUCUACUUGAUCCUGCACGCCUAUAAUUAUAAACUAUUCGUAAACAAUUUCAGAGCGUGCCGUUGAGGAAUGUUUUAUUAUGAUGUGUGUUUUGUCUAUUACCAAUUUUUCUUCCAGUUUUUCUUUUAUUUAGAUCAUUAAGUGCUUAGUAUCCUUUGAGAACCCAUUUUUAUUUAGUUGGUGUAGUUUUUUUUUUUUUUUAAUUUUCCUUGUAGUUUUCUGAACAAUUUGGAAAUACUGGGAAAAACGCAAAAAUGAUCGCGUAAUAUUCGAUUUUAUUGUUAUUUUUUUCUUGAAAUUCGGUUAAAUGUAAAAUAUAAUUCUUAAAUUGUAUUCCGUGAAAAUUAUAUUAUAUUAAUUUUACUAUUUGGCAUUUGCUGAUAGUAAACAACUUUUCUACCAGAAAUCUUGCGUAAAUCGAUGAACAUUGGAUCUAUUUGGACGAAAUAGGGGGAACUUGUAGAAAGAAAAAAUAAAAGAAAGAACAGGAAAUAACAUUUUAUACUUUUGUUUUUAGUUUUUUAUUUGGUUAAAGCUUUUUUAGAUGUGAUCAAAUUUUCAAAACGUAGGCAAUUUACAUUUUCAAAUUUUUAUUAAGUAGUUACGAUUUGGUUGAUUGUACGGAUAAAUAUUAUUACGAGAUAUGUUAUAAAUUGUAUUUAUUUUUUUUAUUGCCGUUUUAAGAUUAAAAUUUUAACCAAAAUCGUACAAAUUACGGUAUUUAUUUAGUUUUUAUUUUGUAGCUGCAAGGUGGAUCAAAAUUGUUUGACUAAACAGAAAUGUUUAAAAAUUCAAAAUGAGAUUCAUUUCAAGUUAUACUAAAGUAGUAUGAAAAAAAUAGUUGAAUGUAAUGUAAAAGUUUUUUUUAUAAGUGCUUUAGGUCAAAUUUCGAUCAAAUCGUAAAAACUAUUUCAUUUAAAAAAUGUGUGAAACUAAAUGUUGCAAAGAAUCGUGUUUUUCACAAUAGAUAAUCAUUUCAUAUAAAAAUUAAUAUAAAUGUUUUUAAAUUAAGUUGAUGCAUCCCAUGUUAUUAGAAAAUCCAAAUCAGAGUAAGGGAUAUAUUAGUUUAACUGUGAUAAUUUUAUUAUUUUUUGUUUGUGAACAACUUUUUGACAAUUAAAUUUGCUCCUAUCGAAAAAUAAAUGGAGACCCUUUUUUUUUAGAUUUAUUGUUUAGUUGGUCAAAAAUAAGUUUGUUUUUUAAUUUUUAAUGUAGUUUUUAUAAUAACUGAGCAAAUACAAUAAAAAAAAGUUGAAAAAACGGGAAAGUUCACGGAAAUAAUGGUUUUGUUAUAAUUAUGUUAAAAAUAUUUGUAAGAGACUUAAUAUUUUGACGAAAAACUUAUAUUUGUGUUUUCUAGACGUGGUGAAAUUGUCAAAACAAUUUAAUAAUUAAUAUUUGCUAAGCACUCUGUGGAUAAAAUUGUUUGACAAACAGAAAUGUCUGAAUAUUUAACAGAACCUCGAUUAUAAGUUGUACUUAGUGGUAUAACAAAAGUAUACGUGUGUUUUAUAAUGGUUUAAAAAUUAAAUUUUCACAAAAAUCGUAAAUAUUAAAGCCUUUUAAAAUAUGAACUUCGGUCCAAAAUCGUUUUUCGUUAGCAAUAGUUUAUCGUUGCUUACAAAUGUUAGUAAAAUAACAUUAUGUAUUCUACCUGCCAAACUUCCCACUUACUACAGACUACAGUGGCACACCCGUCCUCAGUAUUAGUACAUUUUUUUUCUUUAAAUCUCAUUGGAAAUAUUAUACUUAUAAUAUUAUCACUAAUAUCUGGGUUUCGGUAAAUUAUAAUAUAGGUACUAUAAUAGGUAGGUAUGCCUACCUAUUUACUAUUCUAUAGUCUCGCAUAGUCCAUGUAUUAUUAUUUCGUUUUUAGUGUACAUGGUAUGUAAUUAGCUAUUAUAGCUAUUAGUUUUAUCUAAAAUAGACCGUGCUCAUUAUGUGGUCAGAAAUGUACAUUCCUGAAGAAAUUAUAGACAUAAGGACAACUACUUGGUAAUUUCUCUAAACAAUGUCAUAUUUUUAUCCUCAUGAACCCCGUGAUUGCAUGGUUUUGGUUCGAACGAAAUAAAAUAUAGGUACUAAAAACUAGAGAUGGACAUAAUCAAAUAGUCACUAUUCGGUAAUUGAUUGCAUUUGAACUAGUCGAUAGAUUAUAACUUAAUAAACUAUUCGAAAGUUACUUAUAAUUUUUAUUCGGUUAUGAGAUUAACUAUUCGCAGUUUUUCGAAAUACUCGAUUGUUUUUUGGUCAUGCUUUUUGGUUUAGCUUAUGCACGUUAUUUAAAACUAUCGAUAGUAGAUAUCAGCUAUUUGGAAGUGUCCAACACUUAAUAAAAACAAAAACUUUAAACUCAAACAUUUCCUAGUCAGCACGUCCCUAUAUUGUUAGGUAAGUAAUAUUUAACAAUGUGACUAGGAUGUGUAAUAAAUUACGCUAUCAUAAAUGUUAAAAUAAAAUGAUUGAACGAGGGGAGGGUUCAGGAGAAUAUAUAGUUUUACAUCAAGUUUUUCAUAAUAGUAUUUGGAAAACUAUGAUGUUUAAAAUACGUUCCUUGCGGGAGGGAAAUAUUUUUCCUAAUAAUUGAGAAAAAACCAAAAAAAAAACGAUUUUUUUCAAAAGGCGCAAUUAAUUUAAAUGUUUACGGCUUAAGCUUUUUACUAUAAAUAUUACUCUAAUAAAAAAACAACAAGACACCGUUUUUGUUGCAUGUUUAAUUUAAUCCAUGAGUAAGUAAUUCCUAUUUUGAUUUCAACUCAAAAAUGUGUACAUUUUAUCAUUGUAAUAUUCGAUAAUGAAGCAUAAAUUAAUAUUAUAAUUAUCUCAUUAAUAUUGAAACACUAGAAAAAACCAUAACAAAAUAUAACAUACCUAAUUAAUAAAAAGGUAUGUGCACGAAAUAAAUUUUAAAAAAUACACCCAAGGACAAGAGUUAAUUCAGCUGUAAAAAAACAAAAAAUGAUGUUUUAUUUCGUUAUUAAAGGAAUUGUUAACAUUAGUGCGCUACACGCGAGGAACAUAAAAUAUUAUUAUAAUGCAAAAUGUUUAGCCAUACAGAUAAUAAACGAUAUCCAUUACACAUUGUAAUUAUGUUUAUGAGCAGCUAUUUGGAAGAUUUAGGUAGUAAUAUUCCUAGGUUUAAAAAUGACUUCAAUAAUUAAAAUACCUAACCGUAAUGGUAAGGUUUCAACAAUCAAUUAUGUGCUGUUUGAUUCUGAUGUUAUUCCUGCGGCGACUUUUGCUUUUCUGCCAAAUAAAACUCAAAUUACUUACCUACGGUAGACUUUUUCACUUAUAAUUAUAAAAUAUCAUAUUCCGAAAUUUAGAUUCCGAGCGUAGUGAGGGAGCUACUGGUUUUAUUAAGAUGUUUAUUUCUAGUCUGUGGACACGUUUUUUCCUAGUAUACGUGCUCUGAUAUUUACGUGUAGCAACUGUUCUGAAAGUUCACGUUAUCUAGAUGAUAAAUUAAACAAGUUAAUUUUUUAAAUAAAAGCACUUAAAUGGGAAAAAAACGUAGAAAAACUCUUUUUUUAUAAAAAUUUUAUAAAACCACGGACGACAUUUUCUACUAGAAAAAAUGAUGUAAUCCGAAAUUCACAAAAUACCUUUUUGUUGUCUUUUUGAUUUACUUUCUUUCGGUUUCUUUCUUCAUUUCCAAAACGUUUAAGCCACUUUUGAGCUAAUAAGGAAUUUUAAUAUUGAGGAAUUUUAUUGCUGUAUUCGGUUACAAAUACACGUAGAGACCUGAAACUUGGUAAUAAUACUUAUAUUGGACUUACCUAGACGUGGUAAAAUUACCACUAAUUCGACAAUCAUAUUUCCCGCCAUUCAACCAUAUUUCUUGUCAAUGUUUGCCAUUCUGUAUCUGGUUCCGUAAGCUUCACGUCUAACUUCAUUUUGUCUUCCCAUCUCGGCCUAGGGCGUCCAAGUGGUCUUUUCCUUGUUGGAUUAUUGAUGUAUAAACGAAUCUUCUUUUAUGCCAGCUAUGGCUGGCCCAUCUUAAACUUCUUUCAUUUUGUUCAUUACAUUAGGACAUCUAAAGAGUUCUUUGAUUUCAUCAUUUUUUCGGAUUCUCUAAUCUCUAAUGCUAAUAAUCAGAUAUGGGCCAAAUAUAUUUCUUAAGACCUUUCUUUGAAAUACUUGUAGGUUAUUUAUUUUAGUUUUAUGUAUCGUCCAGGUUUCACUUAUAUACAUCACUACAGGUCUUAUUAGUGUUUGGUAAAAUUGAAACUUUGGGUCUUUGGAUAGCAUUUUUUACUUAUGUAUGUUGAUUUAGUACUAAAAGCAAUAAAAUACUUAAAAAAAAAAAAACAAAACAAAAUUAAAAAUAUUACCAAAAAAGAGCUGAUAUUAGGAACGGAUAGGAUACUGCAAUAGUUGGAAAGUUGAAAAGUACAUAAAGUUAUUUAAUUUAUAAUCGUAAUUAUAUAACAAUAAAUCAUUAUGAAAAAAAAACGAUUCGGAGCGAAGCUCAGUUAUAAUUUUUUUUUAAAAGGCUAUAAUAUUUAAUAUUUUCAUCAAAGUUGUAUAUUAAAACUCUUAUAAAAAAAAAAAAAAUAUAUGGUUAAACAUGGCUCUGAGUUUACCUACGUAACAAGAUUGUAAUAUAAUUAUUUGUAUAUUACCUGUUAGUAUAAUAUUAUGAUACAUGGAUUCCAAACAUGGCCUCUCAGUAAAACGAAAGAAAUAAGGCUGGGUGUUUUUGAAAGGAAAAUUCUAAGAAGGAUUAUCUGGCAAAGAUAGACAAACUGGUGAUUGGAGGAAAAGACAUAAUGAAGAACUUCAAGCCCUUUUUCAACACCCUAACUUUAUGAAAGAAAUUUCAGUUAGAAUACUGAAUAAUAAAUAGGGCAUGCUUUGAGAAAAUAGGGUUUAAUAAUAAGGGUCGUAACAAAAAACAACCCUGUAGGGAAUCGACCGCUGGUUAGUCCCGUCUGAGAUGGAAUGACUGUGUCACUAGAUGUAAGAGCAAUGGAACCUGAAGAACAAUGGAGGAAAGCAGUAGAGGGCACGAACAGUCGGAGGAAUAUAUGCUUAGAGGGCUGAUCUGAUAGGUCGUAACUCUUCAAAAAAUAAAAAGAAUAAUGAUAUUAACUAUUCUGUUAAUAUAAAUUGAAUAAUCUGAAACCUAAAUUAAAAUACUUACAUUCUUAGGCGGGUCGCACUCCAGAGAAAUAUGUAACAUGAAACUUUUGUAUGCAAUCGGUUUCAGAAACUAGUUUCCCGUUGAUCUGUAUAUUGAAGAAACUUGAAACCUAUGAAACUAUAGAAUAUGAUCAACAUAAAUGAACAACAUAAUUAUAUAUAAUAUUAAAUAUGUAAAUAAGUAUAUGAGUAAAGUAUAUAUAAAUAUGUUAAGUAUAAUUUUGUUUUAUUGAUUAACUAAAAAAAAAAUGUACCUACCUACUCACUAUAAAUACUUCAAUACGUUGAAAAAUACGAAAAAAAAUAUUAUAAGUAAAACUAGUACUAAUAAUAAUGUAUUUUAAUUGAAUAAUAAUAAAUAGGUUAAUAAAUUAUAAAUCGAAUUAUACGAUAGACUAUACUCAGUAAAAACUAAAAACCUGCAUGCCUGUGUGAAAAUAUUAAUGAAACUGAAACAAUGAAACCAGAAUGACAAAUUUCGUGUAAUCAAUUUCGUAAACUAUAAAUAAAAAUGGUUGCAUGAAACUCGGUGUGUGUUAUCCUGUACAAAUAUAUCGGCCGGUUUUAUGCAAUUAUAGUUUCGCGUUUCGUGUUACAAGUUUCGUGUUUAUAAUUUCUUUGGUACGCGGCCCGUCUUAUGUAUACCAAUUUAAAAUGUUGUAUUUAUAAUGCAGUAUUAACAUUAUGUGUAUUAAAAACUGCAGCUAUGAUGAUGAAUGUAAUAUGUAUUGUACAUUUUUUUUUUUUUUUGAUUUUAGUCUAUUUACGGAAUGACAGAAGCGAGUCCAAUUGUGUUCCUUUCCAAUCCGGACGAACCCGAGCACAAAUCGUUAACCACCGUCGGUCAAGUACUCGAUCAUUCUGAAGUAAGCGGUGUACCUAAUUAGUGCAGAUAAUAAUAAAUAUCGGUCGUUUAGUUGCGAUCAAGAAUUUCGCUGUCGCUGACACCGGAAUCGAUUAUUCCAUAAAGGAAAUCAUACACACGAACAUAAAGAAUACGUGUAUUAAUAAUUUUUUUUAUCACGCUAACGACUUUUUUUGUUUUCGUCAAUGUAUAAUUCCACAUGUAGUCCUGUUACGGUUUAUGCGAUUGAUAACACUUUCACCAAUAAACAGCUAAAAAGUUGUCUUAAUUCAUCUACACGAUAUCUUCAAUAUACUAUUGUAAUAUGACCGAGUUGUAGAAUCGAGAACAAGACCGUAGCUAGAGGUUUUACUUCCCGGUCCUUCCAAACUUUGUUCGAAAAUUUUUUUUAUUAUUUUCAAGGUCAAUUUGUUGUAAUAGGUAACAGUGUAACGUAGAAUAUACGAUUUAAUUUAACCCCCACCCGACCCCCGAAAAUGUAGUGUAACUACGGUAUCGGUCUAGAUCAUUUUAAAAUUCCAAAACUUUGUUUAUAUUUCAACAAUAGGUUUUUAUUUUAAUUUGGAAAUAAAUUUACGAAUCGCGACAAACCCUAUAGAAUAAUCUAGACCGUUCGACACCAUGCGAAGCACAACCGACAUUCCGGAAGCUAUAUAGAUAUAAUAUCGUACGGCUAUAAUACCCACAAAACUAGUAUUCAUGCGAUAAAUUAAUAAUUCAAUUUUCAAAAAUCUUUUUUCUUUUUUUUUUCUUCAGUAACGUCGUUACCUAACCUAUGACCUAUUUUAUAUAAAUUUCGUGCGGCGUUCUAAAAUGAUUGGUUAUUAAAUAACCGCAAACAACCGGGUAAUAUUUCGAACAGUACGUACACCGCGGAUAGUACAUAUAGCGAGUAAUAACGAAUUUUUUAAUAAUUGUUAUUAUGAAUGUACCUAAAUAUAGGUAAUAGAUACACGUGCAAUGUGCAUGCAUUAACAAACAGCAAUAUAAUAUCAGAGUUAUAUAAUAUUGUUUAUGAAAUACAAUUAUAAAUAAACACCUACAUCUGUAAAAUAUAAUAAUUUGCAUUCUAAAAAAAAAAAAGAAGACAAAAUUAAAAAUCACCCAUUGAUUACAAUGUGCUUUAGAUUCUGAGUGUAGUGAGAGGAAUGUAUUGAUUUAUGAGAACGUUACAUAUGAAUUUGUUGUAUUUAUCUUACAAACAAAAUAUAUAGCAAAAACAUGCUUACGUAGACUACACAGAACUCGCUUAGUUUCGGUUUCAGUGUAAAAGCAUCUAUUAUGAAAUUAACAGAGAACAAUAUUUCGGAUGAAUAGGCGUCGGGAAUUUUGAAAAAGUUAUUUUUUUAAAAGUUUAAGCUAAUUAAAAAAAGGUUGACAAAGUCGUUAUUUAUAAACGGUAAAUUGACUGUUAUAUUCGGAUAAAAUGGAAUAUGGUUUAUUGAGGAUGGAAUUGUUUGAUUUUCAAAAGAUUAUCAUAAUAAUUGGAAAAAACCAUUAAUAAAAAAGCUAUCCUAAGAUAAUGGAGACGGGUGCAGCCACUGUUAUACUUAAUUUAGCGUGCACCUGUAAGCAACGAUAAAUCAUUGCUUAAAAAAUUAAAAAACAUAAAAAGAACGGAAAAGUUUACAAAAAUCGUAAAACUACGGCAUUUCAAAACAUGUAUAAAAGAACUUCGCUCAGAAUAGUACCUUGUUAUCAAUGGUUUAUCUUGUAUUUUUAGUUUUAUAAUUUUAUGUAUUCUACUUUCCCAACUUCACACCUACAAACAACCGCGAUACACCCGUCUCGAGUGUAAGAUAUAUUUUUCUAAUGUAUCGUGAAAAUUUGUAUAAGUUUUCUUAUACAUAAAAAAUACUCCUUAAAAAAUUGAGUUACGGCUAUUUGUAUGCAUUCGUGUAAUACGAUGUAUUACUUGUCACGCCGUUUAACAUUUGGUUUUUUGAAACGUUAUUUUUAUGUUAUAAUUACUUAACCUAAAUGUCUAAUUGAAACAUUUGAAACGAACGGAUAUUUACCUGCUUAUAUUUUACAGGUUAAAGUCGUGGACAGAAACGGAGUCACCGUGCCGUUCGGCACGCCCGGAGAAGUGUGGUUUAAAGGUUACAACAUCAUGCCCGGGUAUUGGAACGACGAGGAAAUAACAAAAAAGGCAAUUGUAGAUAACGAAUGGCUUAAAUCGGGGUAGGUGCAUAUAAUGGGGCAUUUUUAGUGCUCCGGUAACUCUCCUUUUCUCUACAAAAAAUUUCCACGAGCAGAUAGAUCAAACUGUUCCCUUAAUUUUUGGAUUUUUUUCAGUUAACCUCCCCCCCCUGCCAGUGAGAGUAUUACCUAAAAUUCUACUGGAUAAUGUCCAUUUGGAUAUAGGGACUACUUUAAAAACUACCCCGGCAUGUACCAUAAAUAUUGAACUCUGACAAAACAAAAAAAAAAAAAAAAAGGUGUUUGGAAUACCCGAUAACCGACUCGGUGAAGUGGUCUGCGCCGCUAUAAAAACGACGAAAUCAUCCGUACUCGACCAAGAGGCUGUUCAAAAUUAUUGCAACGGCAACGUAAGUAAUGUCCUACCUCGAUUGUAUAUUAUGACGCGCCAAUUUAAUGUAUCAAAAAAAAAAAAAAAAAUUGAUUUAUCGUGUAAACAGAUCGCGAGAUUUAAAGUACCGAAACAUGUGCUGGUCGUGGACGAUUUCCCGAAAACAGUUUCUGGGAAAAUACAAAAAUUUAAACUCCGCGAAAUCAUGCAAGACUUUUUGAAAAACUCGAAAACUAGUCAUCAGUGCUAA